AAGCAGGAAAUUACGGAGGAACGUGAAGGCAGCGGGACAGUCUUUCAGGGGGACAGAGUUCGCAUUAUAUUUUUUACACUUUGUGGAAGUUAUUCUGCCAUGGAUCCACAGCCUCCUCAGAAGCCAUGGGAAAGGAUGAUCCCAGGGGCAAUGGGUGCACCUAUGAAUUACAGAUCUGCAAACUUUGGCUUGGCUCCAGGCCCCGCUCCUGUAGGCCGUCCCGUCCUGACCAGAAUGGUUCCCCCGGUGCCCCCUCGCUCCGCCCAGCAGUCUUACCGACCUUCCUACAGCUCUUUUAACUCCUCGUCUUACAGCCCCUAUGGGGGCUCCAUGUAUGGAGGCUACAGCCCAUACAGCUAUGGUGGUGGUGGUGGCUACGGCAUGGGAGGAGGGUACGGCCGCCCCCCUCACACGGAAGAGGUCGCCCCCAGCCGGUUCGUGCAGCAGGCGGAGGAAAGCAGUCGCGGAGCCUUCCAGUCCAUCGAGAGCAUCGUCCAGGCCUUUGGCUCCGUCAGCAUGAUGCUGGACGCCACCUUUUCAGCCGUGUACAGCAGUUUCCGAGCUGUGCUGGACGUAGCCAACCACCUCACACGGCUGCGCUCACACCUCACCAGAGUUCUGUCAGCCUUCGCUCUGGUACGCACCUUGCGCUACUUCUACCGACGGUUACAGAGGCUGCUGGGCCGGAGAUCAGAUGCUGAGGUGGACGACUUGUGGGCAGACAGUUCAAGUGAUGCCCUUGCUACAAGUGUGUCCAGAGGGGAUGGAGCGGGGAUUGAGGGCCAGCCUGUGAAGUCCUGGCCUAUCCUUCUGUUCUUUGUUGUAGUUUUGGGUGGACCCUACCUUAUCUGGAAACUGCUGAGCUCUGACCCUGGCUCUGAGGAAAGCGCCACUAACUGGGCGAAUGGGGAGGAUGACCAUGUGGUGGCCAGAGCAGAGUAUGACUUCUCUGCUGCGUCUGAGGAGGAGAUCUCUGUGCGGGCCGGAGACAUGCUCAACCUCGCCCCUAAAGAGCAACAGCCCAAGGUCCGUGGCUGGCUGCUGGCCAGCUUUGAUGGCCAGACCACAGGACUCGUCCCAGCCAACUACGUCAAGGUCCUGGGGAAGAGGAGAGGCUUGAAGCAUGCAGAGAUGGAGAGGCUUGCUCAGGUCCAGCAAGGCACCACACAGGCUUCAGUAACAUCGCUUUCUUCUCACCAACAGCCAAGUCAUGCCCCAGGCUUUCCACCGGGUCUCGGCUCAGCCUCCGCCCCUGUUUCUCAAGAGGCCCUGCUAGAUUUAGUGUACAGAGAAACCCCCACUCCCUUUAGUGUGGGAACAUCCAACUCCAGUAUGCCCUCGAUAGUGCUAAACAUCCCUGAGAAGACGGACCUGUGAUGUGUGUGCAUGUAUGCAGUUCUCUUUAUGCAAGGUUAUGUGUGAUUAUUAUGGGUUGGCUCAUUCAGUAUUUGUGUUUCAGUCUGAAGCCUGACUAACAAUGAGCUGACAGGAGAUCUUAGGGGAAACAGCAUAGUCCUAAUUAAGAAUUGAUCAAGUUGUACUACAAAUCUAUAAUUAUUCAAAUUAGAUGAAACACAAUCUGGACCUGAUGAUAAACUAAAUGGUUUCCUGUUGUACUGUUUAGAACAAGUGUGUCUGGAAUGAGGUAAUCCUUACAUAUCUUCAUUCAGAGCUUGUACAAGAAAAAAGGUUCUGUGUAUUCGCUAAUUAGGAUACACAACUGUACUAAUGAUAAUGUCGGAUUUUGUAUUUAAUAUGUUGAAAUUGUUCAUUAACAUGAAUUAGUUCAAUGUUUAAGUUAAUGUGGUGCACUGAUUCAUCAUCUGUAUACUGACGCUGUAAGGACAAAGCCAAGGUCUUUUAUUUGAUGCCAUAAUAAUGUUAUUUGUUGUUUGCCCCUACAUGUAGUAGAGUUCUCCACAUAGUCUUAUUUGUGAAGCAAAUGUGAUUGGGUUAUUCAGAAUGAGAAGGGGGCUACAUUUGCACAUUUUCAGAUUUUGGUUGGUCCAGAAAGUAAUUUUGUAAAUACUUGAUAUAAUUAUUUUGAAAAUAAAUAUUUAAGAAAAUCA